AUGUAUCCCACCCUCUUGCACUCCCACGCAGCUGCUGGCUGUCUCGUGAGUCUCGUGAUGCGCCGAGUCGGCUUGCUAUGGCGCAGUCGCAAGCUCCCCCGCGGCUUGGCGAGCGGACGGGGCCAGGUCGGAGCCUUCCUUUCGCCGGGCUCCGCAUGCGCAGCCAUCGACUCGCUGGGGCGUAGCCAUGACUGGCAAGGGGCGCUCGAGUUCUUGACGAUGCCUGCGCUGCUUGGGCUGCAAGCGGGACAUGAAUACGUGCCUUGCUUUAAUGCAGCCGCCAGUGCUUGCGAGCGGAGUUCCCAAUGGGAGUUGAGCCUGCUGGUGCUGGGCUCGGUCACAGCCACCACCGUGACUCGCAACAUCACCAUCGCGGCCUGGGCGCGUGGCAGCCACUGGAUGCGGAGUUUGGCCUCCCUUCGCGCGACGCCAGAGAAGGACAUCGUGAGCUUCAACGUGAGUCUGCGAGCCUUGGAGCGCAGCAGCAAGUGGCAGCACUCCCUAGCCUUGUUUCAGGAGAUGACAGAAAACGACAGCCCAGGCUGGGACGCCCGGAGUGUGGGGGCGGUCAUUGCUGCUUGUGCAAAGGGCGGGGACUGGCAGCGUGGACUUCAGCUGUUGCAGCUAUGCCCUGGCGACCUCCACUGCCACACGGCGCUACUCAGUGCCUUCCGGCGCAGCGGGGCUUGGCAGCAGGGCCUGCAGCACUUGCGGCGCCUGCGGCACUUGCAGCUGUCGCUGGAUCCUGUGGCCUUUGACACGGCGCUGAGCCUCUGUGAAGCUGAAGGUGCCUGGCAGCAUGCUUGGGACCUGUUGGAUGACAUGCGCCAGCAGUCGCUGCAGCCGAGCGUGGCAGGGCUGUGCAGUGCGGCGAAGGCUUUGCGUGGACGGCGUGACGUGCUCGGAGAGAUCGAGGGUCGAGUUUUCGCUCUGCUGGAAGCCGACUCCCAAACCACAGCUUGGGGCGUUCACCUCGUGCGGGCGCUGGACGCGCUGCAUGAGGCCGGUCGGCUCAGCGACUCCGUGAGCGCAGCCUUCCAGCCGGUGCUGGAUCGUACAGUGGCAGCGCUGCGCCAGGCAGCUCAGGGAAAUGCGUCGGGUCACCGGGGCCACGCAAUCCAGAGCUUGGGGCUGCACGGACUGGGGCCGUUCACGGAGCGAGCGCUGAAGGAGCUCGGGCUUGCGGGGCGAGAGGGGCCAGAGGCAGAGAUGGAGUGGGUGCCGACAGCAAGGGCCGCUGUGGCUUCGGCUCUGUCGGUGCCCUCUCGGGCCUCAGCUCGGAACCUGCUCAGCUGGUUUGCCUACGCAGUCGACCCCAAGAUGCCAGGGCUCGAGGGGCCAGAGGUGGACGAGUGUGAGAGCAAGUCAAGGUCAAGCCUUCUCUGGAGCAGAGGUGAGAUAGUCGCCCACGGCCUUUCGCAGCCUGUCUGGCCACACGCACUGCAGCCCAUCUUCUCGCGCCAUGACAGGUCGCAGCACUCUGAGAGGAGAGCCUUGCUGACAGUUCUACGGCGGCUUCAUUGCGGAGGAGCAGGCAAACAUGCCACCGGCAGUGUCCGGCUUUUUACUUGUCACACUCCGUGCAUCUCCUGCUUGUUUGUCUUUGUCCAGUUCCAAGCCAUGUUCCCACAAAUCAGGCUGUCUGUGGCAUUUGAUUCAUGGACCGAGACCAAAGCGUCUCUUGGAUCAGCGCAGCAAAAAUGCAUCAGGGGACAGGGACAGCCCAAUUGA